CAGUGAUACGAGAUUCGUACGAAUGCUUGUGCUUGACUAUACGUAAAACUUUAAUUUCCCCGCAAAAUCUAUCAGUUUAAUUAGCUACUCUUUGCAGUGUGAUAAUAUACGUAAUAUAAAAAUUAACAACCAUUAAUAGUCUUCCUACUAAAAUGUCAUCGACACACAUUUUUAACGUUGAGAUGACGUGUGAAGGGUGCUCUGGCGCAGUAGAAAGGGUGCUCAACAGGCUGAAAGGACAGGGCGUCGAUAACAUCGAUAUUAGCCUACCAGAACAGAAGGUAUCAGUUACGGCUACACUCAGCGCUGAUCAAUUGUUAGAAGUCAUUAAAAAAACAGGCAAGAAAACUACAUACGUAGGCACACAAUAGCUGUACAGUCCUAAAAAUAUUUUUUACACUAACUUGUACCUUUCUCUGCUCAAAUUUGGUGAUAAGUGUACAAUAUGUAUUUUUGUUGAUAUCAACUUUAACAAGUCACUCUACCUAUGUUAUGUAUUGUUUCAAUGUGGGAACACCUUUUUAUUAUAUUUUUAAUAUCUAUCGUUUCAGUUAUCAAUCAUACUUUUAUCUUAUUG